AUGAAUUUUAAAAAGAGAAAAGAAGAACGUAAUCCUUUAUCUGAGCAAACAAAUACAGAAAAGAGAGCUAAACAGUCAUCUAUGACAUCUUUUUUUCGCUUAAAAAACACCAAUCAAACAGCAAUUACAACUAAAUUUAAUAAACAAAGAUGGAUUGAAGGAUUAACAGAAGAUCAGAAAGAAUUACUUAAGCUUGAAAUUGAAUUUCUGCAUGAAAGCUGGUUUAACGUUUUAAAAGAUGAAUUUACAAAACCAUAUUUUUUGCAGGAAAGAGAUAUUAUUAAAAUACUUAAGAAUUUUUUAAAACAAGAAAAAAAAACACAUACAAUUUUUCCUCCAGAAAAGGAUAUUUACUCGUGGUCACAUUAUACACCGUUAAACACAGUUAAAGUUGUAAUUCUUGGGCAGGACCCAUAUCACAAUUAUAAUCAGGCUCAUGGGCUCUGUUUCUCAGUACGCCCACCUACACCGCCUCCUCCAUCUCUUAAAAAUAUAUUUAUUGCUCUUCAAAACGACUAUCCAUCUUUUAAUACUCCAAAAAAUGGAUUGCUCACGCCAUGGGCUAAAAGAGGUGUUCUUCUUUUGAAUUCUUCUCUAACUGUACGUGCACAUCAAGCAGGGAGUCAUGCACAAAAAGGGUGGGAAGAAUUCACCAACAAAGUAAUUCAAGCUGUACAAAAGAAUAGAGUAAAUGGAGUAGUAUUUCUCGCAUGGGGAUCGCCUGCUGCCAAAAGAGUUGAAAACGUCGACAAAAAUAUUCAUCUUGUUUUAAAAAGCGUUCAUCCUAGUCCAUUAUCUGCAAGUAGAGGCUUUUUCAAUUGUGGACACUUUAAAAAAACUAACGAAUGGCUUUCCAAAAGAUAUGGUGAUGAAGGCGUAAUUAAUUGGGAUUGUCUUAGUACUGAUCAAACAGGCUUUUCCGAAAUACCUGUAUCUCUAUUAAAUAAUCAUGCUGAUUCAGUAAUUACUACGCCUAAAAUUCAUUCUGAUUCUCAAAGAAGAAAAAAAAACAAUAUUAGUCUUUCUCAAGAAGAAUUAACAGCAAUGGAGUCUAGUAUUACACUAGAGGAAUUAGAUGAUAACUUAUCAUCAGAUCACUCUAAAUCAGAUAAAGAGUAG